AGGAACGUGACCUACGAUGGCAUGCACAACUAUAACAACGACUGGGCUAUUGAAAUGACAUAAUGCUACUUUGCUCCUAACCAGACGGCUUGCAAUGGGCAUCCGGUAUGUUCGAUCGCUAGACAUACAAACUCGCCUGAUCGGUCAUGAGCUUCGCUCAUUGUUGAGGAUAUUCUGUUCAAGAAUUUUGACGGCACUACCAGUAGGAAGAGGGCGCCUUAUAAAUGCUACUCUUGUCUGCUCUAGCCCAGAUGUAUGCAAGAAUAUCCGCGCUGAGAAUAUCAGCGUCGUCAGUCCUUCCGGCACCGACGAUGCCAUUUGCACUAAUAUGGGUCGAUCCCUUCUCGACCUCCACUGUGCCAAGGGUUGAGUAUUAUAUUUGUGGAGCGACCUGGCCUUCGAUGCACUUUCGCCGUUCCUGCAUAUUUGAAAACGAAGCAAUAGUAUGAAGUCUGAUGUGUAUCAAUGAUUCCUGUCGCUAACCCUAGCAACUAUCACGCAAU